GUGCGGAGGCGGCUGGGAGGGGUUGCUCCGUUUCCCGUAGUCUCUCGAGUGCUGGACUCCGAGAGCAAGACGCGCGGCGCAGCCGCCGGGGCCGGGCAGGGCCGGGCCGGACUGGGGGCUCUGGGGGUGCCAUGAGGGGGACCCGGGCCGCCCCCUGCCGGCCAUGGCCAAGGCCGACGUUGGCGCUGCUGCCUCUGCUGGUGUUGCUGUUCCACCGGACACGACCUCAGGGCAGCCCUGGGCCCUUGCAGUGCUAUGGAGUUGGACCCUUUGGCGAUUUGAACUGCUCGUGGGAGACUCUUAGGGACCUGGGAGCCCCCUCCACGCUGUACCUCCAGAGCCAGAAGUAUCAUUCCAACAGAACCUGGACUGUGACAGUACCCUUCGGGCAGAGCUGGGUGACCAUCCCAAGGGAACAGUUGACCACAUCUGAUGAACUCCUUGUGUGGGGGGCCGAGGCAGGCCGGCCUCUCUGGCCCCCAGUCUUCGUGAACCUGGAGACCCGAAUGAAGCCAGAAGCUCCUCGGCUGGACCCUGAUGUGUACUUUUCAGAGGAUGAGCCCCUGGAGGCCACUGUUCAAUGGACCCCACCUGUGUGGCCACCCGAUAAGGUCCUGGUCUGUCAGUUCUACUAUCGAAGAUGCCAGGAGAUGGCUUGGACCCUGCUGGAACCAGAACUGAAGUCCAUACCCCUGACCUCUAUUGAUAUCCAGGACCUGGAGCUAGCCACUGGCUACGAGGUGUUUGGCCACUGCCGAAUGGAGAAAGAAGAGGAGCUGUGGGGCGAGUGGAGCCCCAUUCUGUCCUUCCAGACAUUGCCUUCCGCUCCAAAAGAUGUAUGGAUAUCAGGGAACCUCUGCGGGACACAAGGUGGACAGAAAUCCCUGCUUUUGUGGAAGGCCCCAGGGCACUGCGUGCAAGUGAGCUAUAGAGUCUGGUUCCAGGUUAACGGUCAGGAGCUGAUCCCAGAGGAGACUCCCUGCUGUAGCUACUCUAUCCCCACCCAGGCGGAGUGGGCUGCAGUGUCCGCCAUCAAUGCCACAAGCUGGGAGCCUCUCACCAACCUUUCUUUGGUCUGCUUGGGUCCAGGCUCUGCCCCCCAUGGCGUGGUGGUCAGCAGCAUUGCUGGGAGCACAGAGCUGCUGGUGACUUGGCAACAGGGGUCCGGGGAGCCACAGGAGCACGUGGUAGACUGGGCUCGAGAUGGCGACCGCCUGGAGGACCUCAGCUGGGUCCGGCUUCCUCCUGGGAACCUCAGUGCCCUGUUGCCAGGGAAUUUCAAAGAAGGGGUCCCCUACCGAAUCACAGUGACUGCAGUCUUUUCUGGGGGCAUGUACCCUGCCGCCUCCGUCUGGAGCUUCAGAGAGGAGCUAGCUCCUUUAGCAGGACCAGCGCCUUGGCGACUUCAGGAUGGCCCCCCAGGGACCCCAGCCAUAGCGUGGGGAGAAGUCCCAAGGCACCAACUUCGGGGCCAUCUCACCCACUACACCUUGUGUACACAGAGUGGCACCAGGCCUUCUGUCUGCAUGAAUGUGAGUGGCAGCACCCAGAACAUCACCCUGCCCAACCUUCCCUGGGGUCCCUGUGAGCUGUGGGUGAUGGCAUCUACCAUCGCAGGACAGGGCCCACCUGGUCCCAGGCUCCGGCUUCACCUACCAGAUAACACCCUGAAGUUGAAAAUUCUGCCUGGUAUCUUUUUCCUGUGGGGCUUGUUCCUGAUAGGCUGUGGUGUGAGCCUAGCCACCUCCAGAAGGUGCCCCCACCUGCGACACAAGGUACUGCCCCGCUGGGUCUGGGAGAGGGUCCCUGAUCCUGCCAACAGCAAUUCCACCCAGCCCUGUAUGGAGGAGGUGCCCCAGGCCCAGCCCCCCAAGGACUUGCCCAUAAUGGAAGUGGAAGACAUAGAACCGCUACCAGUUACGGAACCCCCGCAGGUCUCCUCCCAGCUUGACUCUGGGUAUGAGAAACACUUCCUGCCCACGCCUGAAGAGCUGGCCCUUCUGGGCCUUCAAGCUCCAGGUUCUGGCCUGAACCAACCCCAGGCUGGGAGCGGGGUGCUCAUUUGACAGCUGAAGACACUGAGGUUCAGAGAGGCUUGAGUGAAUUGCCUGAGGACACCGAGCCAGGAAGAACUGAGAUUGAAGGACCCCUACAGAGAAGGGCCUGGCCCUAUAGAGAAUAUACGGAUGGAUGAGGGAGCAAACGAAAUCCAGAGUGGCAGCUGCCUCCCCAAAUCUGUCCUCCUGCUGUAACAGAGCCGUUGUUGGGCAUACUCCCAGCAUCCCUUGCAGCUAGGUGUGGCCAUGGACAGAGUUCUGUGGUAUGUGCAGAAUGUGGUAUGUGCAGAAGCUGAGACUGAGUGGGGAGCCUCCAUAUCCUCUUCCCUUUCCCAUGAGCUGGAACUUCAAUGUGAUCCAGCUUCAGCUGGACCCAAGGGGGGGGUGGCAAGAAAUGGAAAGGAACCUGAGUCCCCAAGUGACUGCAGGGAUCAGAGCCACCUAGAGAAAUAAACUUUUGUUUUUAUA